UUUCGAUAGAGUCUUUAUAAGCUGAGAGGGAAAAGGUGCGUUUUUAGUCUAUUGAUGAACAGUGAAGCUGGUAUAGUCUAUUCGAAUAUUUGCUGAAUAAGCGAUAAUUUCUCGAGAUAAAUUUUCUUCAAAAACAAUCUCAUUUGAAAAUUUAGUUUCGCUUUCGCUACCUCGAAAUGUCGCUCUCUAGUUUGUUCCCAUUGAUGACCCGUGGAUGGUGGGAUUCCUGGGAUUAUCCAACACGAAUCCCAGAUCAACAUUUUGGUGCUGGGCUGUUAGAUAGUGAUCUUUUACCGCCAUCACUGUACGGUGGUUUCUUAUUGCGACCCAGAACCCAACUAAAUAUUGACUCUUCUGGUCAGUCUGAAGUUCAGAAUGAGGCAGACAAGUUCAAAGUGAUGCUAAAUGUCAGUCAGUUCAAGCCAAAUGAAAUUGACGUGAAAACUGUUGACAACUUCAUUGUUAUUCAUGGAAAGCACGAAGAAAGGACUGAUGAGCAUGGAUUCGUAUCCCGAGAAUUCACACGCCGAUACCUGCUGCCUGAAGGCACUGAACCAGAGACUGUCAAGUCUUCACUUAGCCAAGAUGGAAUUUUAACUAUUGAAGCUCCGAAGAAAGCUAUUGAACCACCACCCAGCAAUGAGAGAGUUGUGCCAAUCACCUUGGAAAAACCUGCUGUUGGCAACUGAACUUUUUAAAUUUUUCACUUUUCUUUGGACAUAAUUUCAUUCCAUGCUAGUGCUACUUUUGCUAAUUCAUUGUGAUGUGUUCACCAAGUGACUGUAUUUGUGAAAUAGAAUUUAUCAGCCAAAUGUGCCAUCUAAGGAUAGUAUUGUUUUUGUUUUCAUGAUUUCUUGAUGCACAUGUUUAUAAUGUUUGUUU